AUGCUGAUGAAAGUUCAAGUGAUACAGGCAAUGAUGAUUACUCAUUGGGCUCUGAAGAUGGAUGUAUUUACACAUACAGAGGGUGCAGCAAAUGCACGGGAGCAGGGUUCAGGGGCAUCAAGUCCAGAUAUGGAUUUCCUAGAAAUGGAUUUUGACCCUGGGCCUUCAUGUGAAGCUGAUACAGGUGAUGAUUCAAGCCCUGAUGCAGAUUUAGAAGUUGCAAACAGCAUGCUUGAAGAAAACGAACCUGCCAUCAGGGGUACAUCCCCUGAGUAUGUACCUGGUCCAAAAUUAAAUCCAUUACCAUCUGCACCAGCAACCUCGGCAAGCAAUGAUACCGAACCUCACUAUUUCAAUGUGCCAUCUACAAGCCGAGGCCCAGAUGUACCCCAAAAUAAUGUUCAAGUGGAAACCACAUGUGAUCAUGAAUACGGGCCUUAUAUCAUGCACACAAAUUUUAGGGGUGAACAGUUUUGGGUUAAGAGAACAAUGUCCACUUGUCCAAACAAUGCAUCCUCUACACUACAUGUAUCAAAUGGUGAUUUGGUAUCCCCAAGAGAAGCUUUGAAUUAUGAAGAGGAUCAUCAAGAUGGACAACAUGCUUUCCAGAUCAAUCAAAGUGAAAGAUCAGUUGUUGAUUCAUCAAGUUUUUCUUCAGCCUUAUAUCACAUAACAAUGGCAAAGAGACUGAUGAUUGAGAAAACAUGGUCUGAUGUUGAAAAUCAUGAUGCUGCUAAUAUGUCUCAGGAACAAGGUGCAGAUAGCAUUGAUAGUGAAAAUGGGUGUGUUGAUCCACCACGGUGUAUGGUAUGGUCUGAACGUGAGGCUUGUGAACGUCAAGUGACUCAGAUAGGCACAUCAGCGUGUGGUGCUACAGCUGUAGUUAAUGUUUUUAUUGCUUUAGGUGUACCUGUAAACAUUGAGGAAAUAAAUACUGCUGUAGGCACAAGGCAAAGAGCUAACAAUGCACCAUUGCCCAGGUAUUUGCUGUCACGUUCCGUAGCUGGUUGUACCGCCGCAGAUCUGAUAACAGGAAUACAAAGGGCUUCCGAUGGAUUGGUUACUGCCCGGUUCUUUCCCACCCACCCAGAGAGAGCUAUCUCUCUUUCACACUGGCUUGCUGAUUGGAUAUCUCUUGGAGCUGUGCCAAUACUCACGUUAAAUUUGCAAGUUGGAUGUGAUGGCGAGAUACCAGAUGCGUGGCACCAUCAAAUGGUCUUUGGAGUUUCCCCUCGUGGUGUUUACCUGUGUAAUCCAGUCGAGUGUGUGCCUGAGACCGUGUUGUGGCCCCGUCUGACGUCACCCUCAGUGUUGCUGGUGCGGACAAGAGAUGUUCUCGCCAGAUUUACGACUGAUACAGACUUGACGCCCCUCAUGGCUGUUCCGGAUAGGAGAUUCCAUACUUUCAAUGUUCUCGGCCAAGUGGCGAACGUGAUACGCGAGUGGCGCGCCCACGGGUGGGCGGGGCGCGUGGGUCGCUCGGGGCACGUGCGGCUGCCCGCCUCGUACCGGGCGGGCGUCACGGUGGCCGCGCUCACCGGCUCCGAGGCGCACCGGCGGCUGGUGCACGCCGCCCCGCCGCCCCCCAGCGGCGCACCAGGGCACGCGGACCCAGCCCCGCAC